CGUGCUGAGCCAGGACUUGGGCAAGGCGGCCGGGGCCCAGCAGCUCGUCUUGGGAAAGGGCACCUUGGACUACCGCGGGGAGGGAUGCCCUCUGUCAUCCGACCCUUUGCAGGUGAGAUAGGAGCAUCCCAGGUGUUGCAAGGGUUUAAUCCGGGCUGUUUGCUAGCCCUGGACCUGGUGGGUAGGGCAGGGAAUUCUUGUUGCUAAGGAGCCACUGCUGCUGCCUUUGGAAAGGAAGUGACACAGCUCCGACCUUCCACCUACACUCAUUGCUAUGGCUGCCUGCUUCACCUGCAUGUAAUUGUAUAUAAAGAUCAGGAAGAAGGCUGUCAGGAUGAGUGACUCCACUGGAUUGGAGGUGAGAGGGAGCUGGAGCAGCCAGGGGCCCCACAGAAGAGAAGGAAGGGAGGUGAGGCCGAUUUGACAGCUGCUGUGCCAGGCUUUGGAGAGUGGACCCAUGAGGGCGUUGGGUCACACACAGUGGUAUUUUCCUCCCUCCUCACCAGAGUUUCUGGCUCCCUGAGACUCAGCCAUGGAAGGCACAGAAAGGCAUGUGACAGGUAACUCGUGGCUUUUAAUCUUGGGCAGGAAGGACAAAGAAGACCAAAAAUAAAGACUUGAGCAGGUUUUACUAUUCUGCCAAUGGAAGGGAGAUGUGGAAAGGGGAAUCAGUCACGUUUAAUAAACAUCUCUCCGCUUAUCCUU